AUGAAACGCGCCACUAGAGUGGCUAUCAUUGCGAUAGUACUCUUUUUCAAUCUUCUUUUCGUGUUUUUUCAUCUGCGCAAUAUCUUUACUGUUUUCGAUAUCGUGAGUGCGUCAAUCGAUGGCUACAUUCCUCGGCCGGUGAAGAUUGGACAAGAUAGAGCUGUGGUGAUUCCGCACUUAAAAACUGAAGACAUAAGUUGGGUUGAGGAGUUUUUACCUGAUUGGCAGUCAUACAUUUACUCUGUUGACGAUCCAGAUGCCAAACUACAUACGCCAAAUAAAGGCCAUGAGUCAAUAGUGUACCUCACAUAUAUCAUUGACAAUUACGAUAAGCUUCCUUCGAUAAGCGCUUUCCUCCAUGCCCAUCAAAAUGGUUGGUGGGAUGCAUGGCACACAGACGUAGCUGGUCACGAUAACGUUGUUUCUUUGAACACCCUCAACCUUGAUUUCGUACAGGAACAAGGCUACGUGAAUCUUCGAUGUGCUUUGAAGCCCGGUUGUGCGCUAUCAGAUGUUUCCCCAAACACCCAUAUAAACCCGAAGAUCUGGAUGCAAGUAUUCGGGAACGAUACGGCUAUGCCUGCUGAGAUCGGCGCAACGUGUUGUGCUCAAUUUGCGGUUUCGAAAUUACAGAUAUUGCAAAGAAAAAAGGAAGAGUACGUACACUAUCGGGAUUGGGUACUCCAAACUCCAUUACCGGACCGAGAAAGCGGGAGAGUUAUGGAAUAUCUUUGGCAUAUCAUAUUUGGGAGGAAUGCAAUGCAUUGCCCAGAGCCCAAUCAAUGUUAUUGUGACGUAUAUGGGAUGUGCGAUCGAUAA